GUGAAGCAUGCGCCUUGUCAUUUUCAGUCAUUGGUUGAUUAAAGAUUUUAAAAUUAUAAUAUUCGGGUAAUCGGGGCAUUGCUCAAGUGUUGUAUUGUGAUAAGAACCUUAUACCGUUGUAGUGACAAAACCUAAUGUGCAUUUAAGUGAAAAAAUAAACAUAGAUCAAUAUGCUUAUCAAAGAAUAUCGAGUAACACUUCCUUUAACAGUUGAAGAGUACCAAGUGGCACAGUUAUACUGCGUGGCGGAGGUGUCCAAAAAUGAAACAGGCGGCGGUGAAGGUAUUGAGGUCAUCAAAAAUGAACCCUUCAAAGAUUUCCCUUUGCUCGGUGGGAAAUAUUCAUCGGGUCAGUAUACAUAUAAGAUUUACCACUUAGCGUCGAAGGUGCCUGCUUUUAUCCGGCUGCUGGCUCCCAAAGGAUCUCUCGAGGUGCACGAAGAGGCGUGGAAUGCUUACCCCUACUGCCGGACUGUGCUCACUAAUCCCGGCUACAUGAAAGAAAACUUCGUUAUUUGCAUAGAGUCCCUACAUUUACCUGACGUUGGUGACCAGAAUAAUGUGCACGAACUAUCAGCUGAGAAGUUAAAGAGCCGCGAGGUUGUCCACAUCGACAUCGCAAACGACCCGCUGCCUUCCGCCGACUACAAGCCAGAAACCGACCCUACAAAGUUCAAGUCAUCGAAGACCGGUCGCGGACCACUCGUCGGGCCCAACUGGAAGAAUGAUAUCAAACCAGUCAUGACCUGCUAUAAGCUUGUCACUGCCGAAUUCAAGUGGUUCGGUCUCCAGAGCAAAGUUGAAAAUGUGAUCCAAAAGUCGGAGCGACGGCUUUUCACCAUCUUCCAUAGACAAGUAUUCUGCUCUAUGGACGACUGGUACGGUAUGACGAUGGCGGACAUCCGCGCCAUUGAGGACCGCACUAAAGAGGAGCUGGAGAAGCUGCGGCGCGAGGGCGAGGUGCGCGGUAUGCGCGCUGACAACGAGUAGAGACGUGUGCCAGAGCGGAGCUGCCCAGCGGACGUAAGACAUGCCCACAUACACCCACAACAUUCUCACUUGGCAACGCGAUUGUACUUCAAACCUUUGGCAGGUCGUAAUUGACCGCCAAAUUGAAAUGGUGGGUCGAAAUGACCGCCGAUAGAGUGUAGCUAAUAAAAAGUUGUUGGAAUACUUUCCCGAUAAUUUUAAAGUGAUAACUUGAUUGUAAUAAUAAAUUUAGCCAAUCUAACUACUUACUUAAAUUUUAUCAAAUGUUUCUUAGAUUCACUGAUGGGUCAUCUUUGAUUACCUAUUUUUAAAAUUUGAAAUUUCACUGUUAGAAUGUUUAUUAAAGAAAUAUGGUCGUCUGUGAGAAUAGAAGUGGUAAGUGGGUGUUGCGUCUGUCGCUCGAUGUCGUCGUCUCGCUCCCGCAAUGCCCGAGCCUCGACCUGUGAGAUUGCAUAUUCGACUUGUCAAAGUCCUGCUCAUUUAACUAAUAAAAUACGAAUAAAAUCGUCAUUACUAGUGUCCUAUCAAUGUAUUUUAGAAUCCAACGUGGCGUUGCGCUUUAUUAGUAAAAAAUUUAAUAUUUAUUUUACAUAGAUAUUUUGACCAUAGAUUGCGUGAAACUUGUCAACUUCUGUUAGAGUUUUAUGCAUUCUAUAAAUAUGUAUAGUCUAUGGAAAUUUAAAGCGAUUUCAAUUUUAAAAAAGUUAAAUAAACAAUUUCGUUGUAUAAAGGCGAUCUCAGUCGAAGCAUGGGCAUAGUUAACCAUUAGCUAAAUUUCAUUCAACUAUGAAAAUAAUAUUUAAAUAAUAUCAAUGUAGUCAGUGGUUAUAGGUAGUGUUGUGUCGUUACCUUUGAAAUAUUUAAAAUUUGGAUAAAUUACUCUUUAGCAAUGAGAUUUGAUUGGAAUUAAGUCGUAUUUAGAUCAGAUUCUUUCGCUGUUUAAAAAAAUAUAUAUAAUUAAGGUAAAUAAUCCUGUCUAGGGCAGGAAUUAUUUGGCUGUUGUGUAUUAUAAAUUAUGAUAGAUAUAAAAUAAUAGUAUAUUCCUUUUAGCAUCACUCCGUUGCAUAAAAUGUUGGUGCAAUUUAUAUUUAUUUGCGGCAACACUGAACUGUUAUGUCAGUUAACUAAUUUAUUUCACGGGUGUUACAAGGUGAAUAAAAUCAUUAAAAUCGGUUGUCGGUUUACUUUGUGCUAUUAUGAUUGUUGCAAAUUUUUUAUUUUGUACAUCAAAUUGCAACUAUAACUGCAUGUAUUAUAUAAGUUUGUUGUUUUAACAAAUCAGUAUUUUUUUUUUGUAAUAUUUGUGUGACAUUCCAGAUUCUAUACUGAUGAUUGUGAAUUAUAAAUGUUUGCCAACAAAGAGAUAUAAAUAUUCGCUCUCUGUCGAUAUUCCAUGUUCCAACGAUUUGUUGAUGUUAUGCAUAAUAAGAGAUCAAUCCAUAAUUAUUCAAACUUUCGUGACACAUUAUACUAAACUGAUAUAUAAACACGGCUAAACACUCACGUAUAAU